AUGGUCGGGCCUGGCCUCCCCAUUUCGACUCUCCUGUCGCUCUUUGAUGCGGACCACCCAGCUCUCCCGGAGUUGCCACCCAACCGCUACUUUGACGAUCUUGCAACGGUCGAUGAGUUACUUGAGCACAGUUCUCCUGUUCGUGACCGCCGGUCAGACGUGAGUGCAUCGCUAUACGUGUCGACAUUGGAUGCGAGCAACCUCAGAGACCCAUCUAGAGCUCCAAGUCAGAAUCAUGCACCAACAACAGACGAAAUUGUACAGCUUAUUCUGAUCAACGAGGUGCAAGCCGCUGAAGAUAGAUUGGAUGCCGACCGGAGGGCCCUCGAAAGAAAAGCGGAGGUUCUCGAAGAAGCCUGGAGAGCAGAAAAAUUGACUCUGGAUCAAGAAAGGUGGAUCUUUGCGGGAGAGAAGCAGAACCUGGCGCAAAGAGAACUGGACCUGUGCUGGAGGGAGAAAUCUCUCCAGGAGAACAUGGACAAGCUGCAAAAGGAGGAGGCCAUCUUCAGGCAGCAAAGAGAUGAAUAUGAGCAGGAGCAGCAGGGUGCAAAGACGCAAAAACUGCGAGAGCUCAUAUGGGCGGCAAGCGAGGAGGAACUCGCCCCGAUUCUCAACAUACUACUCCUUCGCCUGGGGACACGAGGUUCCUCCGCCGAUAUCCUGGAGCAGACGACGCGACGUAUCAUUCUUCCUCGAUUACUGCGACAACCGACACCUCUGGCAGCCACUGAUAUGCUGCACAAUCAUGUCUUAUGUCCAGCGUUUGCUGCGAUCCUCGAGCGUCACCUUUUUCCUCGUCCUGCGACUGACCAAGCAGAGAUGGGUACUCAAUCAUUGGAAGAACACGUCAAUGCAGCGACACCAGCCUUCACGUUCCGUGCUGGUCCGAGUCCUUGUACGACACCACUGAAGCUGCACGCUGCGAGCACCCUGAACGACGCCUCCCACAGCCCUAUCCUACCUCCGAAGCCAGUCACUCACUUUUCCACAGAGGAUAUCAAGAACGCAAUUCCCCCCAGAAGCGAUCUCGAAGAAGGACCUGGUGUUUGCCGUUCCGCAUCCGUCAGCAAGGAAGCAGGAGCUUACACAGUCGCUGACCUGUUUGGCUAG